GUGAUUUGAGGUUUGAAAACAUUGAUAAAAUGUUUUGUUUUGGAAUUACGUUUGCACAAAUGAGCUGAGCAAUAUAUAAUAUAUAUAUAUAUAUAUAUAUUGAGACCAUGGGUAGUGCAGGGUCAGACAGGUUUUCAAUGACGAGUGAGCAGUAUUUAGCAAAGUAUAACAUUGUCACCUAUUUGGAGGAUGCAAUAGAACAGUUACUGGAACACAGAGAAGAUAAUCCCAGAGUGAUCCCAGCAAGAUUUCUUAGUGACUAUUUCAGGAGUGUCGUCCAAGGCAACCAYACCCUAUUCCGUGACUACAAGUACAUCAGGGCUACCCCAUGGAACAGGCCUUGUUUUAUAAGGGUUUUCUGGAAAGCAUUCAAAAAUAUUGGUAAAAAUGGUGAAUUACUGACAGCCUCUGAGUACCAUUCGUUGAUUUGUCUGCUGUGUCCAGACUUCCCUUUCACACCAAUACAGAAAGCAGCUAAGAUUGUACUCAUGGAAGACGCCACGGAUUGCUUGAUGUCAUUCUCUGACUUUCUGUAUGCAUUUCAAAUACAGUUUUGUUAUGAAGAAUUUAUAGACAAACUUCAGGAAGUUUACCAUGCAAUAAUUUCUGGAAAUUAUCGUCCAGGUCAAGUGGUAGUAGUACCAACAUUGACCAGACAUAAACCAGCACAACAACCAAACCCACCACCUGAMAACCUACCAAUAAGUAACAGUGARGGGUUGGAGGUUCAAGUGUUUCUUGAUGCCAUGUUGCAGAUUAUACAUUCACAGGCCAGUGUUUUCAGGUGUCCACCCAUCUCAGCAGUCAAAAGCAUUCUUUCUACAGUGCAACGAGUGACAUUCUAUGGUUUUUUGAUGGCUCUUGCUAAACAUGACGGCGUUAAUGAAAGCAUCGGYUGCUUACCACAAAAGUCGUCAUUGAUGGAAGAUACAGACCAAGACAUUUCCAGCACAAGCACAAGGCCAAAGUCUUCGCGGUCUAGAAGUUUGCUGGGUGGAAACUCCAAAAAAUUCAUGUCAUAGCGUACAAAGACUGUAAGUAACGUAACGACGCACUAAGCCAUGCGGGACUUGAGAGAUCGUGUAAAGCAGCGGCUACACAAGCGAUUUUUCGCUUGAGCAGGCGACGUGAUUUUCGGAUACGAUGAAAGCUGAACGUCGAAUUUGAGCUGUUUUUGU